AUGGAGGCGACGCCAGCGGCCGACGGUGCGGCGCAGCAGGGGGUGGAGGGGGGCGCGCAGGCGGCGCAGGGGCCCGAGACGGACGCUGGUCCGCCCCAGGAGGCCGGGGAGCCCGAGAUGGACCUCAUCACGGCCAUCCAGGAGCAAGUCAACCGCAUCUGCUACCUGUACGCGUCGUCGCUGGCCUCCUGCGGGGAAGCCUGCGUGCCGCUGGAGCAGCUCGGCCUCCCGGACGGCGCGCAGCCCAGCGGAGCGUCCGGCCUAGAUCCGGCCAAGGGGUCGGGGGAGAUCCUGCAAGCGCACGCGCGCCUCGAGGAACUCAUCGCGCAGCUCCCCGACGACGCGACCACCGAGGACGCCCAGAUGUCUGACCUGCGCGCCCUCCUGAGUCAGGACCAGGAGCUGUCGCGGCAGCUGGGCGCGCGGACCGCGGGCGCGCGCGGCCGCCUGCGCGCGGCGCAGGACGCGUUUGUCGCCCUCGCUGGUGAGCAGGUGCGCCGGGAGCAAACAGCUGCCUCCAUGCCGUCGUCGGCACCGCGCUGA